UGACAAAAGAGGUUAACCCCAUCAGCAAGCUGACAAGGUAAGGAUAUCAUCUGUGGGAUGACUCCACGCCCUGCUACAUCACCAUCUUUUUGUAUGCGUCUGUUAUUUAUACAGCUCGAUCUCUCAUAUAUCACAUUAUGAGAAAUUAAAAAAGUGUCUCAGAAACGUUUCAAUCACUGUUUGAUAUGACUUCAUUUCUUCAGCUGUCAAAUUCAGAGAUGACAAGAUAUCCUCUGCUUCAUCCCCCAUAUGGUAAAUGAGUGAAUUGAUUUGAACCUCAUCUGCUUCUUCAGUCACAAGAGAUGACUGUCUGAAUCGUUCAAAACGACGUGACCAUUUUGGCCAAGAUUAUGGUUUUGUAAAGUCAAAGUGUUCAGGUGGGUUCACCCUGUAUGUUGACUGUGGUAAUAACUGAGGUAACCGUGGCUGCUUUUCGUUAUUUGCCAUUUUUAUCACACCAGAUGAAAAUUUCCAACACUUCACAAAAAGCACAUGGACUUCAAUUAAACCUUCCGUUUUCGCUCACUAACAAGUUCAUUAAGUAAAAUCUCUUUUUGACUAUUGUAGUUGCUAACCUGGUUAAUAAUAUCCUCAUCCCAUCAUGUUAUGUCUUCUCAAUAUACCACAGUAUAUGUGGUUUGAAGAAAACUUCCUAACCUUGAUUUUGUUUGGAUUAGGAAUGUGCAGAUCUAGUAUAAUGGGUUAUCCGUCAUGAAUGAAAUCACUUGAGACAUAAAUAGAUCAGGUUCGAUUCCCAACAUUGGUAAAAUGUGUGAAGCCAAAUACGGCGUAAAACCAAACUCACUCUCCCCAAGAAGUAGACUGAUAGCGCUCUGCGCAGAGCGCACAAGAUACCAGUUCAUCAUAUAUACCGGGUACCAGUUCAUCAAAAAACGUAGUGAUCUCGCGAGAACGUCUCCAUGGUGACUUUUGUCUGUAAACGACGCCAUUGUUGUUUUAGCAUCACUGUUGCAAACUUCAAGUCUCCUCUCUAUUUUGCGAUUUGUUACACACUUCUCGCAAGGUCAGCACCAUGUUCACGAGUGUGGCAAGCGUCUUUCAUCAAGCUCGGGAAGAGUUGAGAAAAUCUCGGCGACCUACCAUUGCUGCCUCCCUCUCCGACCUUCCUGUUCCUCUCCCACUCUCAACUGCUGAAGUUGAUUCCCUGCCCAUAACCCAGGCCCCUCUCCCCAACCCUGCCCGUCCGUCACUGUGUGGUUCCUCCAUGAACUUGGAGCAAGACAUCCCCGAGAUAGACUUGGGAGAUCCAACAGAACCAUUUGCAGGACAGCAUGUAAUGCCAGUGAAGCAUGUAAAGCCAGUGAAGCAUGUAAAGCAAGAUGCAUAUGUCCUCAUUGACAUGAGCCACCUGGAAGAAAUAACGCCACCACAGUCAUUUGUGACAGCAUGCUGCAGCUCCAGUGUAUUCAGCUUCAUCAAGAGAUUGUUCACUCUGUACUAAAUGGACAUUUCAUGUGACUCAAAACUAGUGGAACUUUUAUAGCAUUUAAGAAACUAAAUAUUUUCUGUAACACAAGAUACCUAUUUCGACUAUUUGAAUAAUGCAAAACUUAAUUAUGUUAUAUGAAUGAAUAUUUUCAUAACCCUUAUUGUGAUUCCAGAUUUUAAAAUUUUCAUAAAUGUUGUUUUCCGUUCAGGUGUUUGUUUCCCCUGUUAUUGCAUGUUACCAUAAAAUGUUGAGAAUUGUGUUCUACAUUUAAACACAACUCUCUAACAUUAUGUAACAUUGAGAGAGGGGAGGAGAGGAGAAGAGAG